CGACGGUAUAAAACAAGCGGAAAGUGGCCGAGGAGGGGAAAAACCAGUUCAGAAGUGGUGCCGUCAACACGUCGUGUAAGGUGAUUCUCUUUGGGAAGUAAAUUGUUUACUCACAAAGCAACGUACGAAAAAAACCGUGGCUCAACUCCCACUUUGACUAUCCUGAUAGAAGACAGAUAGAACAAACUACGUAACAACGAUGCCGGAUAACACACGUCCUGACGCUCCGAAACCGGGAAGUUCCGGAGAGCAGCAGCAGCAGCAAGACAACGAAGUGAAGGACAAGGAGCGUACGGACGGACCGAAAAAGGAACUGUGGGACUUGUUUGAGGACUUCCAGGAGGUAGGCGUGUUUCUGCCGGGUUUCUAUGGGGAACCAUCGAAACGACUGGCGCAUGAAUCGCUGAUGCGCCUUGUCAAGACUUCGGAGGAUAUGGCGCUCGCACACGAGAUCGCGGUGAACGCCGACUUUGAGCUGAAGACUCCAUCGGAAGUAGAGUCUGAGGAUACGCUGCACAGUGCGGUACGUCGGACGAUGCACACCGCCUACUGGAAUAUGGUGCAGGAAGAGCUCUCCAGAGAACCACCCAGCUUUGUUAUGGCUAUGAAAAUCCUGAAUGAUGUGAAAAAAGCGUUUACGGUGCUGCUGCGCGGCAACAACGAUCGCACGCUGGCUAAGCUGAACGAAGUUCUGGACGAGGCGACCAUCCAGCAGCAGGUCGAGUUAGGAUCGCUUGACAUACGCGGCAUCACGAGCUAUGUGAUCGAGCUGAUGGGCAAGGCGUGUUGUAUGGACCGAGACGAAGAGGUGGCCACGCUCAAGAAACAGACGGACAUCGUUGCCAUAUUGCGCGGCAUACUGGAAACGUUGGCCAACAUGAAGACAGACAUGGCCAACUACGUCUUGCACGUCACGCGCCAGCAGGUGGUGCGCAGCUCUAUUGCCUAUGAAAAGGCAAAGUUUUAUGAACUGAAGGAGGUGAGUGGAGAUAAUUUUGCACGCACCCUGAUGUGGCUGCAACGUCACGUCCCGGUUCAUACCGGUGAUCCAGCAGAGCAGGAAAAGCCGGCCAAUAGUGAACAGAAGACCACUGGGCAGGACGCCGCAGGCAACAAUGUCGGCAUGAAGGAAAUUCCGCCACCGAUAGCAACGGCCUACGUGGCCCUUCUUGACAGCUCCACUAAAGAGAAGGAUUUCCCUGAGCUGCUUAAGCUUGACGAGGGUCGCAUGCACCAGAUGCGAAUCGAGGCGCUGCGUCUGAGUGUCUGUGCGACCGUUCUGCAGUUGACCGUUUCGGUGAUACCGGCACUGGUUAACCAACCGGACAAGCGCCAGAAGUUGACUGACAGGCUAAUUGUCCUCUUCGACGGCUGUUACAGCAAACAAUCGAUUCUGGAGCAGCUAGAGGGCAUGUGGGCUUUCGUGCUGAAGAAUAUUGACGAACAGCAGCCGUUGGACACACCACAGGCUACGGCACUGAAGUAUCAGAUCGGACAGAUUGCGACCGGUGACUCGGCUGUCCACGGGAUUAUCUCGAACCGCCUCCGCACAUUACUGGUUGCGGGCUUGAUCGAUGGGGAUAAUGUACCGAUUCCUGGAUGCUAUCAAACGCUUCGUCCGAAGGUUUUGGAACUGACAUCGAAGCUGGUGCGCAUCACCAAACACAACUACGCCGUGUACGGUGACUACUACGCGUUCCUGAUCAACGAACUGCGUCGCCUAACUCCUGCUAAGGAAUCCUCUUCAGCUUAAUUCAUUACCUUAUUGUUAUUUCAUCAAUUCAUUACCUUAUUAUCAUUUUUCCAACAGAUUUGACUCAUUUCUGGAUCAAUGACUGGUCCUUUAAUUUGGCCUUUUAAUCCUUCACAUUGGUCAUUGCCAAUAACUUAUGACACGAACUCUCACCCUCUCUGGCGUAUUAAUCAACUAAUCUUUCUCAUUACAUGCGCCCAUUACUAACCGAGUUCUAACUAAAUUCGAGUUCAAAUAAAAAUUUAUUGUUGCCUUAUAAAGGCUAAUUUAACCGUAACGUAUAGUAUUACUUGCAGCCCGGUGCCCUUGGCUUUGGUAGAACGGUCCACUAACAACAGUGUAGCUGUUUAAACUCGUCAUGUAUCUGCUAACCACACAUACCGCGCUUAACAAUAUCAUCUGCGCGGCGACAAGGUUAACAACGUGCAUUCAUCAUUUUCAGCCCGUUCCACCAAUGGCAAGCCUAUUUGUUAUAGUAUCUAUAUCCCGAUUCCUACAACGUCGUGGAAAGGGAAACACGUGCAUAAUAUAAUGUAAAUACGAUCUUUUGAAAAAUAAAGCAACAAACCGUGUGAUAGUCCCUAGUAAGGGGAUGUACUUUAA